GGGUCGCUCGAAUUCCGCUUCCUUUUAAAUACUUUAGACUUUCGGCUUAACGAAGAGUAACGAUAUUAAAAAAAUAAAUAUAUAAAAUACACAAAAAGCGAACCUCCUACCAGCCCAGGCCGUGUGACACUGGCGUUACGUCAAAUAGCGGGCGUGCGAGGUGCUGCGGCGGUGUGACAUUCCCCUCGAGAUUGACGCCACAGUUGACCGCGUGAUGUCAUUCCGUAUAUCGUACCUCCAGAAGCGUGCGUUUCGAAACCAGGCAGUUUAUAUAAUGAGCAGCACGUUGCCAUUCUUCAUUUCGGAGGUCGCCUGAUGGUACCUUAACUGACUGCUUUGGGAAAGGGGACUUUAAUGAUCGUGAGAUGAAAUAGGAAAACCAAGAAGUCUGUGCAUCGGCUUGAUCCCUUGACUCUCGUGAUCCUGUACAGUUUUAGGUGGUGAUGGCAGCAAACGAGUACUCUUAUGAGAAUAUAGGAGUUAUUUCUAGACAGAAUUCUAAUGCAGGCAUUUCUUGUGAAUUUGAAAUGACGUUACUGGAGAGAAAUCUGCAGUUUGUGGAGAAACUAGAAGAUCAAUACACAUGUCCCAGUUGCUGCAGAUUUGUUAUUAAUCCUCACCAGGCUAGCUGUGGACACAUAUUUUGUUAUCAAUGCAUAACAAUGUUCCUGGAAUGUAGAACCAAUCCAGUGUGUCCUGUUGACAACACCGUAAUAAAAGCAAAUGAGGUUUUUCUGGAUAACUGCUGCAAAAGGGAAAUACUGAAUCGAGAAGUCUUCUGUGUCAAUUCCCCUAACUGCUUGUUUAAAGUCAUUUUAUGUCGUUUGCAGGAUCACCUUAAGCAGUGUCCAUAUGAAUCUGUACAGUGCACUAACAAAGGAUGCACAGUAGCACUGUUUAGGAAGGAUUUAAAGGAACACAUCAAAAAUGAGUGUAAAUAUCGCCUGGAGCCAUGUUCAUAUUGUCAGACAUACGUAAUGGUAUUGCAGGUAAAGACACACGAACAGUACGAAUGUCUGGAAUAUUUGGUUCCAUGCCCAGAUAAAUGUUCAGAAUUUGUGAAACGAAGUAAGCUUGCUGAUCACUUCCACGAGUGCCCAGAAGUUGAAGUUGAUUGUAUCUACAAGAAGUAUGGCUGUACUGUCAGGGAAAAACGUAUUAAAGUUCGGGCUCAUGAGGACACAGCUCUGAAGAACCACUUGCUUCUUGUAGUGGAGAAUAAUACCAAACUGGAGAAACAGAUAACAGGCCUUAAGGAGACUCUACAUGAAAAGCAUAAUGAAAUACAAGAAUUAACAAGAGUUGUUGACAAGAUGGAGAAAGAAAUCAAACCCCUUGUGCAGAAUGUUACUAGAAAUGACAAUAUGCUUUCAGCUAUUCAAAAAUCACUUGAAGACCAGAAAGAGAAAGUAUCCAACAUCCAUUUACAGUUACAGCAGUUAAGCAGGUCAUUUAACCAAGACCCAAGCAGAAAAGAAUUUGGGCAUUUAAGAAUCUCAGUAGAUAACCUGCGGCAGCAAGUAUCCGUUAUUGAGUCACUCCGAGAUCGCUUAGCCUCCUUAGAAGUACAAUCUACACGUCAUUCUGGACAAUUAAAUAUACAUGUUGACCAGCUAAACCUAAAUGAAGAAAGAUUUAGCUGUUUGGAAUCUACCUCGUACAAUGGAAAAUUCAUAUGGAAGAUACGAGAUUAUAAAAAGAAGAAGAAGGAAGCAGCAGAAGGUCGCAUUGUUUCAAUUUUUAGUCAACCAUUUUACACAAGUCGCUGUGGAUAUAAACUAGGUGCAAGGGCAUACCUGAACGGAGAUGGCAGUGGCAAAGGCACACACUUAUCCCUUUACAUUGUGUUGAUGAAAGGGGAAUUUGACUCAUUGUUACCUUGGCCUUUUAAACAGAUGGUGACACUGAUGAUCCUAGACCAAAGUGGAGCUAAAAGUGACAUUGUAGAUGUUUUUAAACCAGACCUACAUAGUGGUAGCUUUAAGAGGCCUGUGAAUGAAAUGAAUGUAGCUUCUGGUUUUCCUUGUUUUGUUCCUCAUACCACUCUGGAGUCUUCAAAACAAAGUAUUUAUAUAAAAGAUGAAACUUUAUUUGUAAAGGUCAAAGUAGACUUAAAUGGAUUAGAGGAGCUCUAAUGGUACCAUUUCUGAAACAUAUGGUAUCAAAAAAGUCGCUCAAAUUUGUUUCUUUCUCAGAAUCCAGUGAAACUAUUUUACCAGUUAAUUUAAUGCUUUUAACAGAAUUUAGGCUACUUCGGUUUAUGUGUAAAAUUGCAAUGAUGUUGAACAUCUGUAUGUGUUAAAGGUUGUGCAACAUAGAACUUGAUAUAAAGCAUUUAAAUAAUUGAAGCUUUUCAAUCUUGCAUUUAUUUGUUUUAGCAAAGAAAUGAUUAGUUUAGAUAUACAAAAACAACUCCUUAAUUUUAUUAUUUUUUACUUGAACUGAUGAGAAUAUGUGCUUGAAAUUAUGUACAAAAUUAAAAUGUCUUUAAAACUGUUUUAGCAUAUCAGUGAUGUUAAAAAAUGUUAAGGAUUUCUGUACAUCUUGUAUGUGGAAUACUUUAUUUACACCACUGUUUAUGGAUUAAGACAGGAGGACACGAUUACUGGGGUGAUAAUUUGUUUUUUAGAUGCUGUGCCUAAUAAGCAAGCAAUACGUUUUGUUGUUUUCACAUUUUGGAGACAUAAUAGUAGUAUUUUGUAUUAUGAUUGCAGAGUGCUUAAUGCCGAUGCCUCAUAGCUCCAGAAUUCUGGGUUACAGCGUUGACCUGCUUGCUCUCUGCAUAUUUUGUUUCUCCUCUUGUUUAAAAGGGAUAUUUCUCACAUCCUAGGGAUGUUCAAGCACCAUGUAUGAAUUAAUAUAUACUUGUAUAUGAAUAUCCUAACUGACACAUUGCAUCCAAGGGUUGUCCCUGCUUUACAACCCUGUGAUUGGCUGCGGCUGCCUGUAUCCCUGAAAUUAUAUUAUUAAGUGCAAAUUUUAUGAUCACCAAUAGAAAAGGAAAGGUCAUACCUUGAUUCAUGUAUACAGUAAAUGAAUCAUCUAGAGCUCAAACCUAUCUGUUUUAAAAUGGAAAUGUAAUCACUGUUGCUGAUAGGCCUUUAAUGCAUAAAAUGUUUAAAGUAAAAUCUGUCAAAUUUGCAUUAUUUACUUGUAGUCAGCUGUUGUUGCUAUUAAUAUUAAUGUGGUUUCUUUUGAUAAUGUUGGUAACUGGAAAGGAAAGAACGCAGCCUUUGCCAGGCCUUAUGCUGACGUUCGUUGCUGCCUUUUCCUUUUAGAUUUUUACUACUACUAGUGACUGAAUUAAAGUUUAUUAUUUAUCCCAAAUUCAUACAUUUUCAGUUAUAAUUUAGUACAUUUAUAUGUGGGAUGAGCUUGUAAAGGCUAAUAUUUUGUUUACAGACUGGAAAGCAAGUAUAAAAUAACAUUUCAUGAUUGUUCCAAAUACUUUAUUAAGAGAAGCCAGGAUUAUCUGUUAAAAUAGAUUUUAAUUAAUUUCUGUUAAUGUUAGUUAUGGUAUCAGUGGUGAUGUCGUGUUCGUAUCAAACUGUCAUCUAGGAUACAGAGUGUAAAUAACUUGAUGAAAAGUAUAACACCUGUUUACACAUUCACAGGCUAGGGUCCCUUGUUUUAUGGGGUUGCUCACACUUUUUGUGUUACAUUGAAUCUCUCUGUUUAAAUUUUUUUUCUUCCAGAAUGCUUAUUAAAGCCUAUGUGUACUUGAA